UCUCAAUCAUAUUAUUAUUUCAUUAAAUGAAGCUCUCUGUUAGUUUAGCCUCUCUCGCACUUCUUGUUUCGUUAAGUUCAGUAACCGAAGCUUACAGUUACAUCAAGGGCGGUAUCUCUGGUAAGAGUUCUACGACACGUUACUGGGAUUGCUGUAAACCCUCUUGUGGUUGGAAUGGUAAAGCUCAUGUUACUUCACCCGUCAAGUCAUGUGCCAAGAAUGGUGUCACUGUUCUUGGAAACAAUGUUCAAAGUGGAUGUGCCGGUGGUGGGGCCUAUGUUUGUAACAACAAUCAGCCUUGGGCAGUCAAUGAUAAUCUCGCUUAUGGUUUUGCCGCUGCUAGUAUUGCUGGCUCAACUGAAGGUGGUUGGUGUUGUUCUUGUGUUGAAUUGACAUUUACCAGUGGUCCUGUUGCUGGCAAGAAGAUGGUCGUUCAAAUCACCAACACGGGUGAUGAUUUAGGUGAAGCUGGUAAGAAGGAGAAUCACUUUGAUUUGUUGAUGCCUGGUGGUGGUGUGGGUUUGUUCAAUGGUUGCAAGCCUCAAUGGAAUGCCCCUAAUGAAGGUUGGGGUGUACGUUAUGGUGGUGUCUGGGCCGCCAACCAAUGUAAACAAUUGCCUGCUGCUCUUCAACCUGGUUGUAACUGGCGUUAUGGAUGGUUCAAGGGAGCCGAUAAUCCCAAUAUGACCUUCAAGCAAGUAACAUGUCCUGCUGAGAUUGUGGCUAGAACUGGUUGUAAUCGCAAAUAAUCUUUUUUCUUAAAAAUAAAAUAAUAAAGAAAAAUUGCAUGUAGC